AUUGCAAGCGACUGAAGUGUGUGGUGUGGCUGCAAUGUUUGUGGGUUAGAUGAGAAACAAGCGCUGAGUGAAACAGAGAAGGGGGGUGGCUGGUGUGAUUUGUUUGGUGUUCAGAGCCAAUAGAAAUCCCAGACUGUGAUAAUAUCCCCAUGCAGCGCCGAGAGGAUUCAGAGCUAAGUCUCCGGGCUCCUUUCACAUCUGCAGGAGCAGCCAGCCUGGGACCGCGCGGCGCGGGGCGCGCUCUCGCCUCUCCUGCACCCUCGGCCGGCGCGCUUCUCUUAUGGGCGUCUGCUGCAGUCCGGCUGCGGUGGAGCUGAAAGCGGCGGCGGGAGACCAAACUUAGACCCCGCCGCGCACUAGAGAACUCAGAGAAGGCAGAGGGAGAGGGAGACAGAGAGAGAGAAGGGACCCGAGGAGGAGGCUUCCAUCACGUCAUUGCAGGAUGUUCUGGAAGCUUUCCCUGUCCUUGUUCCUGGUGGCCGUGCUGGUGAAGGUGGCGGAAGCCCGGAAGAACCGGCCGGCGGGCGCCAUCCCCUCGCCUUACAAGGACGGCAGCAGCAACAACUCGGAGAGAUGGCAGCACCAGAUCAAGGAGGUGCUGGCCUCCAGCCAGGAGGCCCUGGUGGUCACCGAGCGCAAGUACCUCAAGAGUGACUGGUGCAAGACGCAGCCGCUGCGGCAGACGGUGAGCGAGGAGGGCUGCCGGAGCCGCACCAUCCUCAACCGCUUCUGCUACGGCCAGUGCAACUCCUUCUACAUCCCGCGGCACGUGAAGAAGGAGGAGGAGUCUUUCCAGUCCUGCGCCUUCUGCAAGCCCCAGCGCGUCACCUCCGUCCUCGUGGAGCUCGAGUGCCCCGGCCUGGACCCACCCUUCCGACUCAAGAAAAUCCAGAAGGUGAAGCAGUGCCGCUGCAUGUCCGUGAACCUGAGCGACUCGGACAAGCAGUGAGCGCGCGGCCGGACGCAGCUCAGCCCCGCGCGCGCCCGGCCGCUGGGUGGCGCCG